AUGGGCCAAAAAGGUCCAUCAUCUAUAUCAAACCCAUCGUCCCUCCAGUUUGUCACAGGCCAACCAGGGAGCAACACCGACAGGAAUGAGCAUAAAAACAACAGUACUGAAAAUCCAGAAGAUAACAUAGACCAAAACCUGGACGAGUCUUCCGAGCAAGAAUGGUUUCAAACAGGAGUCGACUUUGUUUUAUCACUGGAACGGCCAUGUCUGUCGCACAUCUCAAGCGCACAUCCCUCUGGCCAUGCUAUGUCAAUACAAGGCACACUUCUACAGCUUGCACCCCCAACCCUCGACAGCGAUUUGCGAUGGCAGGUUUCAGCGGAAGUAUUUCAAACGCUGUUUGAGAUGGCGGACAAGCUUGACUUGGAUGGGUACAUAACGCCCGUCCAGGCGUGGAACAGGAUAAGGGAUCAUGAGAACUUUCCACGGUUGACGCGUGAGAGAUUGAAAACACUGGAGAAUGCCAUGAGGUCUAAUAUCAGGUGUCAGGGAUUCGCAGCGAUUAUGGAAGAAGCCAUCUUCGAGAUAUUGCUCAACAAAACUCUUGGUCCGUGA